ACAAAACAGUUUUGUUUUAAAAUUGAGAAGAUAAAGACACUUAAAGUGCGGAUUCUGUAAAAUGAAAAGUAUUUGUGUUAUUCUGUUGUUCUUUGGAAUUUUUGUGUUUAAAAUUAACUGUUUUGAACAAAACGACAGAGACACAGCCAUUCUACGUAAAUGCUUGAGCCGAGCCAGUGGCAACGUUGCAAAGGAAGAGCUGCUGAAGGUGGCACGUUACAAAAACUGGACAGAUGAGGAAAUACCUUGUUUCACACGUUGUAUAGCACAUGAAAGGAAUUGGUUUAAUAUUGAAGAGAAUAAGUGGAAUAAGGCACAAUUAGUUGAAGAACUUGGCGGUGAUAUGUAUAACUAUUGUCGCUUUGAGUUGGAUCGCAGGUACGAUGAUGCUUGUGAAUUUGCUUACAAAGGUCUUAAGUGCUUAAAGCUGGCUGAAGUACAAACACGUGAAACAUACACAACUUUACUAAACUGUGCCACUAAUUUGAAUGCUAGCAUGGAACAACUACAAAGAUAUGGAUAUUUCCCUGCUGUUGAGGAAAUUCCAUGUCUCUUUAAAUGUUUGGCUGAUAAAAUGAAUUUCUAUACACCAGCUUAUGAAUGGAAUUUUGAAAAUUGGAUAAAGGCUUUUGGUCCAGUCAAAUAUGAGCAACAAGAAGCCUUUGUAUGUAAGGCAUUGAAAGAAAAAAUUGAUAAAACAGAUACAUGCAGUUGGAUGUAUGAAGAGUAUUUAUGUAUAGAGAAUUUAAACUACAAUAUUGAUCCAGCUUCACGUACUGAAUCACCAUUAAAAAAUUUAGAUAUUGCAGCCAUAAACAAUAAUAACUUAGAUAAUACAGUCAACAAUGAAACUGACGACUCAUCCAAAAAAUGAGAGCUAAAUAAACGAAUUAGUAUUAAUAGCAAGUGUUUGAUAUACACAACAUUGCAUAUAUAAUAUAUAAGAUAAAAAUAAAAUUAAUAAAAAUUAACUGAA